AUGGCGGACGCUCCCCUCCUCGAUCUCGAGGCGUAUCCCACUGCGAAGGAAUUCGUGUCAAAAUGCCACGACUUCUUCCGCGAGGUUAAGAACAUGUACGCAAAGUCCCCUUCCUCGCCUUUCAUCGUGCGCUUGUCUUUUGAGGGCCACGUGUCUGAUGCUUUUCUCCCCUGUCAAUCGUCAUCACCACUAACAUCAGCUCCGCCUGGCCAUACCAGAACCCCAGGCAAAGACCUCGAGGCCCGACUAAACCGCGACUACGGCCCAGGAACACCCUUCUACGAGGCCUUUGCGCACUAUAUGCGUCUGGGCCUCAAGGAAGGCUGGGUGGCGCGCGACGAACUCGACGGGCCCAAGUACCGUCGCGGCCGCAUCGCCCCGCCCACGCCGGAGAGCAACUUCAUCUCCAUCACCACGGUGUACAUGGACUCGAAGGAGGUGUAUCGGGGCCAAUACCAUCAACAUCCGUACGGGGAAAUCAACUGUGUCAUCUUGGUGGAUGAGACGGCCGAGUUGCGAGGCAUGCAAGGGUGGCAGGGGGCUGGUUGGACCAGUCCUGGGCCUGGCACGCACCAUUAUCCCGAAGUAAGAGGCGGUGCAUUGGUGGCGUUAUUCUUUUUGCCGGCAGGGAGGAUCAGUUACGAGGCGACGCCGGAUAUGCCACAACCAGUUUCGUUAUAG